AUGUAUAUGGACGAAGCUUCACACGUGUCACCGAUCAUAAACCCCUUCAAAGAAUAUUUGGAGAAAACCGGAAUCUUCCAAAGAUACUAUGUAUGGUGGCCUAACAUUGACAAAGACGUUGAAAUGCAUGUUAAGACUUGUGAAGCAUGUCAAGAAAACAGAGGAAACAUUGAAGAAGUCCCGGUCUAUCCAUGGAACAUUCCUGAAAAAGUGUGGGAAAGAGUUCAUUUGGAUUUAGCUGGACCAGUUGAUGGAGUAAUGUGUUACAGAAAUGCCCCACAAAAAACAACAGGACGAGCCCCUGCAGAGUUGUUUCUAGGUCGAAGAAUGCCAACUAUGUUGGACAACAUGAAACCAAACCUUAGACAACAAUUAGAUCUGAAAAUUUGGAAGGAACAACAAAACCCAACUCAAAAGAAAACCUUAAGAGCAUUCAGUGAAGGGGAAGAAGUAUGGAUGAAAAAAGAGAAUAACCCUGGUUGGAUAGCAGGAACAAUAGUCAAACGCAAUGGCUUAUACUCUUAUGAAGUCAUGUGUGGUGGAGUGAUAAAAAGAAAACAUUCGGAUCAACUGCGAAGAAGAGAAGGUGCGGUAGACGAUGAGGAGGGAAAAGUGUAA